UUCACAUGAAACGUAAAUGUCAAUUGUUUUGUUUAUGUGUAAGUGUUAUCGUUACACGUUUUGUUAAUAAUUAAAUGGAAAAAUGUGUGAUUUAGAUCAACCUAUAAAGUUGUUUGUGAAGUGGAAUGGAAAGGAAUACGAUCUUCCGGAACUUUCGCGGUCGGAUUCGGUAGCAAUGUUGAAAGUCGCCAUAGAAAAUGCCACAGGAGUUAGACCGGAAAGACAAAAGCUUCUCAAUGUUAAAUUUCAAGGAAAGGUAGCAACAGAUAACUACACUCUAUCAGAGUUGAAUUUGAAACCAAAUCUCAAAAUAAUGAUGAUGGGGUCUUUAGAAGAAGCAAUACAAGGAGCUCAAUCUAAACCUGAUAUUGGAGAUGAAGUUAUUAACGAUUUGGAUAUUGAAGAGGAAGAAGUAGAUGUAGAAAAUCAAGAAAUUUAUUUAGCAAAAAUCAACAAAAGGGUGCGAGAUUAUAAAAUUAAAGUUUUAAAUGAACCAAGACCUGAUAAGAAAUUGUUAGUAUUGGACAUAGACUACACUCUGUUUGAUCAUAGAUCAGUAGCAGAAACAGGUUAUGAAUUAAUGCGUCCAUUCCUACACGAAUUUCUGACGUCGGCGUACAAGGAUUAUGACAUUGUGAUCUGGUCGGCGACUGGUAUGAAAUGGAUAGAGGAGAAGAUGAAAUUAUUGGGUGUUUCAACACACCAAGACUAUAAAAUAAUGUUCUAUUUGGAUUACUUAGCUAUGAUUACCGUUCACACUCCUAAAUAUGGCACUAUUGAUGUAAAACCGCUUGGCGUAAUUUGGGGUAAAUACCCUCAAUACAGCUCAAAAAACACAAUAAUGUUCGACGACAUACGAAGAAACUUUAUCAUGAAUCCGAAAAGCGGAUUGAAAAUCCGAGCAUUCCGACAAGCGCAUUUAAAUAGAGACAAAGAUAGGGAAUUAUUGCAUUUAUCUGGUUACUUACGAGAGAUAGCCCGGCAUUGUGAUGACUUCGACACUCUGAACCACAAGAAAUGGGAGAAAUAUAAACCGGAGAAGAGAAAGCAAGCGGGCAGUAAACGAAAAGCCGAUGAUAACGCUGAUAACUCCGGUGCAACUGCUAAUGAAUAAGUUUAUAUACAUUCAGCCUCAAGGCUUAAGACUGCAAAUAAGACUUUUACAGCUUUAUAACGAAAAUCUUAGAUAAUUCACGGUCUUACUCAAACAAUUCAAGUGAUGUUAAAGACUAAAGUGUAACCGUCUCAAUAUGCGCCAGAUAAGUGAUAAAAUUCUCAUUUUGUGGUAAGACUGAUAGUGUUCAUGUAUUUAUAUUAUAUGCACCAAAUACGUAUCGAUUAGUAGUUCAGUAUUGCAAUUAAAAAUAAUAAAUAAAAACAAUGGCUGGAGUCAAAUUGUGCCUCUACUAAAUAUUUUAUCUGGUUCUAUUUAUUUGUACUUAUUGGUUUUCAUUGUGUAGAAAAUUGACAUUAUAUUUACUUAAAAGUUGUA